AUGGGGCCUGACUGGAAAGCGAACUCUUGUGUUUUAAGCAUCUUCAAAACGCGAAACCCGCAGGUUGAAAACUGCGUGUCCGAGCUCAACUCGACUCUUGACGCAUCGGACAUGCCGCUGAGACUCUCUGCAAUCUUUGAUGAAGAUUCAGUAUCAGUGACUGGACCAGGACGCAGCCUGGAGACGCUCAAGUCCACCAUAGCUUCACUUCCAGAGCCGGGCACAUGUCGUUGGGCGCACGUGCACGGCUUUUAUCACGGCGGUGAUAACAUGAAGCUGGUAUCAGAUCAAGUCAAGAAUGACAUCCACGGCAUCGAGUUCCCCGACUGGUCUGUACUCCAUGCUUCGCUGAGAUCCACGGCCACAGGGCAAAAAUUCCAAGCAAACGACAAGAGUGUAUCACUGCUCAGAAUGGCUGUUGAAAACAUCUUUUGCGACUCUGUUAACUGGAAGCUCACCUGGGAGACAGCUGCGGCGGACUAUGCCGAGAAAAUCCGCCAUGACACGAAUGCUACAAUUCGAGUCAUCGGAAUAGGGCCCUCUGCCAAGUCUUUGCUGGGCGCAAACAAGGAUAAGAUCCGUGAUACUGGAAUACAAGUAAUCGGGCAUUUGUCAGAGGAGAUAGACAUGUUUGUGGACGAUGACAUUGCCAUUGUCGGUGUAUCUGCCAACUUUCCUGGAGAAAAGGGGCUUGAUGGGUUCUGGAAUACCAUCAACAACGCCCGAAGUUGCGCUACCGAGAUCCCAGGCUCUAGGUUCAAGGUCUCCGACUAUCACCAGCCCAAUAGCGGAAGCCCCGAUAUUCCCCGACAGAUGGGUUCCAAGCACGGCAACUUCCUCGACAAUCCUUUCACCUUCGACACGGAGUAUUUCAACAUAUCUCCAAGAGAGGCCAAGUCUAUGGACCCGCAGCAGCGUCUCCUGCUGCAUGCUGCUGUUGAAGCCCUAGAUGAUGCUGGAUAUUCGCCUGGAGCUACCCCCAGUUUCCAGCAAGCCUCCUUUGGGGUUUACGUUGGCGCAGCUACAGGUGACUAUGUCGACAAUCUUAGAGAUGAAAUCGACGUCUACUACAGCCCAGGAACGUUACGAGCAUUUAUGAGCGGUCGCAUCUCGUAUGUCUUUGGCUUCAAAGGUCCCUCUGUCGUCACUGAUACCGCAUCCGCGCUGGCGGGUGGCGUAAAUGUCAUCUCAAGUCCUGAUAUGUACCUUGGCCUUUCCAGAGCUCACUUUCUGAGCCCCACCGGCCAGUGUAAGCCCUUCGACGCUGAGGCAGACGGUUAUUGCCGAGCAGAAGGUUGUGCUUUGGUCGUUCUCAAGAAACUAUCUCAAGCCCGGGCAGAAGGAGAUCAAGUCUAUGGCAUCAUUCGAAGCAUCGGCGUCAACCAGUGCGGAACUGCGAAGUCCAUAACGCACCCGGAUUACAAAACGCAGGCUGAGCUCUUCUCGCAAACUCUCCAUCGAAGUAGGCUGAGCUCCGCAAGCAUCGAUGUCGUUGAAGCGCAUGGUACAGGCACACAAGCUGGCGACUUUGCCGAGGUGUCAAGUUUAUCCUCCGUUUUCAAAGGACGUCCAGCAGACAAUCCGCUGCAUCUGGGUUCUGUCAAGGGAAACAUCGGCCACGUCGAGGCCGCGUCAGGCAUCGCUGGCCUCAUCAAGCUUCUCCUUAUGAUGAAGCAUGAAACUAUUCCUGGACAGGGAUCCUUCCAGACUUUGAAUCCCAGACUGACUUCCCUAGCCAACGAACACAAUUUUGUAGUCCCAAACAGUCCCCGCAAGUGGACAAGGACCAAGGGUCACCCUAGACGAGCGCUCCUUAACAAUUUCGGCGCUGCUGGUUCAAACGCCACCUUAAUUCUUGAGGAAGCCCCUCGCGAAGUCUCGUCCACCAGGGUCCCGAUAUCACAACGCAGCCAGCAUCUACUGACAAUGUCGGCGAGGAGCGCCAAAGCUCUCGAGCGUCUGAGAUUGGACUACACCUCUUUCCUUGAAAAAAGCCGGCAUUGCAUGAUACAAGACAUAUGCUACACUUCAAUGCGCAUGCUUCGUAUUGCAUUUUGGGUCAUAGUAUUGGAGAUCGUGGCAUGCCGCAACAGCCCAGAGGACUGCGUUAUUGCCGGUCCUACCGCACGCCUCGUUCAAGUUUCUGAGGUGUUAAAGGCCGAGGGUGUUAAAAACAAGCUGCUGAAUGUUUCCUACGGGUUCCAUUCACCAGUCAUGAAUGCGAUAACGCCCAGUCUGAGGAAUGUUGCCUCAUCCAUGGCCAUCUGCCGGCCUAGCAUACAGGUUGGCUCCAGCGUUCUCGGACAGCUGAUACAAGGACACGAGAUCCUUAAACCUGACUAUUUUGUCAACCAGACAAGCCAGCCAGUCUUGUUCAUGGAGCUUCUGGCAGAUAUUCAGUCCAACAAUUCACAAACGACUCUGCAGGUGAUCGAAAUUGGACCAUCGACAUCAACAAGUUCCAUGUUGAAGUCUUCUUUCACGCAAAUUCCAUAUUCGUACUCGCCAUCACUGCGACCAUCCGAGUCCCCUUGGAAAACGAUCACAUCCGCACUUCAAGGCCUUUACCAGUCAGGGCGAGACCUCAACUGGGAUGCAGUUUUCAGAGACGAGUCACCACGCUUUUUGAAGGAGGUACCGUGCCAGGUUCUCGAUGGCAAAGAGUUCUCGAAACUCAUCGAGGCACAUGCUGUUGGCGGCAUCCCGCUCUGCCCAGCAUCUGUCUACCUCGAACUGGCCUUAGAGGCGCUUUCAGUGACCAAUACCACCUUCAACAUCCCAAGAUGGUACUCAGUUCAUGAUGUCUGCUUCGAACACCCUUUGGUGUUCUCAAAGGUCAGGUCAGACGUUGUGGAAGUUAACGUACAGUCGAUCGGGCAAAUCGCCUCACUUGGAUCAUCCCGUUUCUCCAUUUCGAAUCGCGACCAUGGCCACCUCAACUGUUCCGGUUCCAUCUCCCCCAUGGCUGAGCAGGUCAUCGAAGAGCUCUUCAUGUUGAAGAGUGCGUACGUCAGGAAGCAAAAGGCCAUUUUAUUCCAGCUCGCAACUUCCAAUACCCUGGAGACGUUUACUGCUCGAACAAUCUACGAUGUCAUCUUCCCUCGCGUUGUAUCAUAUUCGGAGCCAUUUCGGACCCUUAAACAUCUUACAAUCAGCUCAUUUGGUUUGGAAGGCUACGGCACGUUCCAGCUCCCCGACACUCCGCAGUCUGGCAAAUUCGUCUCCCCACCCCCGUUCGUGGACACCUUGCUCCAUGCAGCCGGGUUUAUUGCGAACGCCAAAACAGAUGUCAAAACAGCAUGCAUAUGUGUGAGCCUCGGCCGCAUCGUGCUUCCGGACAUGUCGAAACUUCAACCAGGUGGCCAAUUGGACAUCUACUGCAGCCUACUCGACGUGGGCGACAGCACUCUGGCAGAUGCAUAUGUUCUCGAUCAAAACGGCCAUAUUGUUUCAUUUGCGGAAGGAAUGCGCUUCAAGAAGAUCCGCCUCAGCUCUUUUCAAGCUGUCUUAUCCCGCGCAACGCAGACAGAAGGCAAAAAUGGAACCGAGUCGUUGCCCAAGCAGGUUGAGGGACUGCUUAGGAAUCCGAAGCCACAAAACAGCUCACGGUUGCAGGUAGAGGCACCCCCGACGCCGUCCGAAUCUAUGGCAGAGGUCGUGAAACACAUGAUUCAGUCUGUGUGCGGCGUCUCUUUGCAUUCAACCUCUAGUCGGACGUUGACCGAGCUGGGUAUUGACAGCUUACUAUUUAUUGAGCUGUCACAGGCCAUUGCGUCGCGUUUCCCAAAUCUCGUUGUGUCAACGGGCGAGAUAGAAAGAUGCCAGACUGUGCACGACCUGAUUCAGCUACUGGCCAAGGCUCAAGGACAUGAUGAUGUUUCCAUGGCUCUGCCACCCUCAGUAUUAUCUGGUCGGCUGGUGCCUGAGGGCAACAACCUGCCCUCACCACCAACAGAGCCUGUGGGAACCGAUGUUGCGUCCGAAGUUCGGGAUCUGUUCAUGGAUAUAUGUGGGAGGUCCAUCACCGCUGAAGACAAGGACGCAAGUCUUGCUUCCCUUGGGGUGGACUCCUUGCUCUCCAUCGAGCUCGUUCACGAACUCCGCCAUCGAUUCAGGUUGGAUCUUGAGGCGCUACAGUCCACCAUCUCAGAUAUGAGCAUCAACAACAUCGAGGCUCUCUACACUGCGAACAUUGCAUCUUCAAGUAAUAAUUUCCAACAUUCUGGCGAAAUCAUUGUGUCUUUACCUGGCCAGUCCUGCGACCUCGCCGAGCCAGAACUGCUCCUCCGAAAGGCAAACGAUGAACGAGGUACCACCGACAUCUUCUCACAUCUCAUCCCAUCAACCUUCCCUCAGAUUUUGCAAACCAGCAACUCCGACAUAGCACCCUACAAGCCACCUCUCUACUUGUUUCACGAUGGCAGCGGAUUAUCGAGCAUGUAUACUCGCGUGAAGCCCCUUGGACGGUCUGUGCGAGGCAUCUUCAGUCCCGAUAUCCCUGCCAUUGACCCUACGAUUCAGUCCAUGCAAGAGCUGGCAUCCCGAUACAUUAUGCAAGCAAAUUUGAUGUCUGAGAAGAGACCAAUUCUCUGUGGUGAGUGCAAAUAG